GCAGCCGAAGAUGCCAGAACCAGCAAAGCCAGCGCCUAAGAAAGGCUCCAAGAAAGCCGUGACAAAGUCUACCGCUAAAGGCGGGAAGAAGCGCAGAAAGUCCAGGAAGGAGAGCUACGCCAUCUACAUCUACAAAGUCAUGAAGCAAGUCCACCCUGACACCGGUAUUUCUUCCAAGGCGAUGGGUAUCAUGAACUCCUUCGUGAAUGAUAUCUUUGAGCGCAUCGCCGGAGAGUCCUCCCGCUUGGCUCACUACAACAAGCGCUCCACCAUCUCUUCCAGGGAGAUCCAGACCGCAGUGCGCCUGCUUCUGCCCGGCGAGCUGGCCAAGCACGCCGUGUCUGAGGGAACCAAGGCAGUCACCAAAUACACCAGCUCCAAGUAAAGCCGAGUUUUCGUCGAACUCCAAUCCAACGGUUCUUUUAAGAGCCACCCACAUUUUCUUUGAAAAGUAUUUCCAACGUGGUGAUAAUACCUUAGUUUAGCUUAGUUUACAGUUCUUCUAUGAAGUAAAGGGUAACUAAACUUUUUUUUUUUUUUAAACAGUAUGUGUAGCAAAUACAUGGCUGCCUUAUAUUACAGAUGUUUGUUCUGCUGCGUCAUCUGUAUUGUAAGUGCCGUGUCGUUGUUCCAAUGCCCGUCAACAGACAAAAUGGCCAUUAAGUAUUCUGAUAGCAAAGGCUAUUUGGACAGAUGCAGUAGCCAUACGGAGACACUGACCAGGCCAGUGUACUCUUCUAGCGAAUGAGUAGCCUAUCACUCAAACAAGUGGUCUUAAAACGACUGCGUUGUCCCUCCGUGUACUCAGAUGUUUUGUUUUCAACACCGUUGUUAUGAAACGAAGCGUUAGGAAUGACUUGUUCUCUAUGGAUAUUUUUAUAAAUUGUACUAUUUUUUUAAAACUUUAAAUUAACCGUUUGUAUUACUUUGCACUUGUAUAAUAGUUAAAACGUUUUGUUUUACACACACACACACACACACACACACACACACGUAGUUUAACACUGUUUAAUAGUAUGAACCAUGCCAGAGCAUGUAGUUGUGGCCAACGUUUUCCGAAUGGAAGAUAUCUACAUAAGAGUGACACUGCCAACUCUAUUGUUUUUACGCACCCAAAGACUUGGUGACUAAACCCGGAGUUUGAGCGCAUCUGCCUUUCUGAUCUAAGACUGCCACUCUAUUGCCCAUUGACAGUGCCCCUCCCCCAUUAAUAGACACAGAAACCUUCAUUGUAAGUUGGUGUGAUGAAGCUGAAGGCAAGUGUGAAAUGUAAAUUGCCCCCUGAGUCUGGAAAGUGACAUUUUCUGAUGCACGUCACUGACUUAAGGGCUUAUGUCUCUAAGCAAUUACAGGUGCAAAUGGCUGAAAUUGCCCAUUGAAUAUGGAAAGUAACCUCUAAAAUGCAUUUUCCUCUAAAGUUGUUAGAAGGUAUGCGUUACAUAGAAGACUAUAGAAGCACAGAGCAACACUCACAACAGACAACAGUCAACGUUGCUAUUGUUUUAGCACAUCUGUGAGAAGGACAAUAAGGCCGCACUCCCCCUCUGAACAAUUGCAUUACCCCAUCCCACCCAUAGCAUCUAUUUAUUUGUAAAUGUACAUAGUGUAUUUAUUAUUUUUCUAUGUUAUUGUUGAGUGUUGUAUUUGAUAGCAAAGAUUAACCGGAGUCAAAUCCCUUGUUUGUUUAUGCAAACCUGGCCAAUAAAGUAAGUGUAAGUGCCCAUGUGUCCCAAUCAUGAGCACAUCUCAAACGGAGGUUUUCAAUUGGCCCGGGUUUAAAUAGCACGCAUGCAGUUCUAUGCCCAAAGUGGAUUUUAUGGUACAGCAGUACCUAAGUGUUAAAUACAAUGGUGUGGUUCAGAUAUUUACAGACGGAUCAAAGGAUCCAGAAACAGGAAGGACAGGAUCAGCUGUACAUAUCCCACAGUUUGAGGAAUCUAUCAAAGAAAGAGCACCUGGUCAUUUGUCAGUCUGUUCUGUAGAGAUGUUCGCUAUUCUGCUGGCACUCAUAUGGAUAGAAGAUGCUAGAUCUAGUCAUUUUGUUAUUUGUUCAGACUCCAUGGCAGCAUUAAUUAGUAUUUUAAAUAUCAAAUCUAUUUGUAGACCUGACAUACUUUAUGAAAUGUUUCCAAGUCGACAGACUCCAUCAGAGGGAUAUUAUGCAUGUUCUAUGUGGGUUCCUUCACAUGCCGAAGUAGAAGGAAAUGAAGUUGUGGACUGUCUGGCCAAAAAAAAGCCCUUAAAUGAAAUAUAGGCAACCUGAAAUCAAAGCCAUAAUUAAAACCAAAGUAGAUCAAAUGUGGCAGGAACAAUGGAACACAAACACAAAGGGGAGGUUAUGAGAUCCAGGGGCAGGUUCCCUCUGACAAAGGUGUUGGAAUAGAUGAGGGGAAAGUCUAUCUAUCUAUCUAUCUAUCUAUCUAUCUAUCUAUCUAUCUAUGUUUUCUUAGACUGUCCAGCAUAUAAUAAUGAGAGAACAAUCAUGUUAGAAAACAUUACACCAGGAUUUUAUUUUAUUUCAGUUAGCCUUUUAGCUGGUUUGAUUUGCACUGCGCUCAAUGAGAAUGAAACCAGCUAAUAGGCUAACUGAGAUAAAACCAUACCAAUCUCUAGGUAUGUGGUGAUGGGUAUGUGAUGAUGUGGGGCUAUUUUGGUUCCAAAGGCCAAGGGAGCUUUUUCAGGGUGCAUAGUGUCCUGGAUCCAUGAAAUAACAUUUUAUGCAUUUCAAAAAUAAAAAAUAAAAAAAAAUAAAUCUGCCUGCCUCUAUGGGAAUUCUAACAUAGGGAUAACAUAGAGGUUCCAAUACUUAUGACUCCUGUAUUUUAAGGAAAACAUUUAUUUAUUUGUGAUACAUUGCUCAUUUACAAAGAAAAUGCAUGGCCUUAAAGGUUGGAUAUCUCCUAUUUUUUUUAUUUAUUUAUUUUUUUUUUUUCAUUUAGGAUUACAAUUUCGAAAAGAUGAUUUUCUAUUCCUCUUUAUAGUCAACUUUAGAAUGUAUUCCAGCUACACAAUUGCUCUGCGUUUGACUUUCUGCAGACCGGUUAUACUAGGCAUGCUUAUAAAUGAUUGUCCAGUAGGUGGCAAUAUAACAACUUGGAGGGCAUACAGGACCGUACCAAGAGGAGGAGGAGGACUGAGUUCCCCCUGUCUUUGGAGUAGUUUCUCCUGAGUGAGAUUUGAAUUCCUGCAAGUCAGAAUUAUGUAAACUUCUUGAACUGACCAAUCUGGAAUGUGAACUAUGUGUCCUUUCACAAGAUCAUUUUGUCUUGUCUCAGACAUCUCUUUACACGCACACACACACACACACACACACACACACACACACACACACACACAC